AAUUACACCAUUUCUUCCCAGCAUCGCCCUCUAUCCUCCGAGUCCUUCUUUUCCCUAUUCAAACCGGAAUCUACCAAACAAUCUGCGAAUGCCGACACGGAGCGAGAAAAGGAAGCGACCAAGGUGCGUCUGCACGCCGUCGAUAUUCACUUGCGCUUCAGGUGACCUGACCUUUGACUCGAACAGAUCGACGACAUACGAAAACGAAUUGCUGACCUAGAUUUCCCCGUCCUCAACGAUGAUCAGGUCCGAUAUGUGCUCCAUUCCAAGUACUCUUCCGGCGAUGUCGAAAAAGCUAUCGAGCUACUAUCGUUACAGCAGACAUCCCUCUCCGGCAAGAUUAUUAGCUACAACCCCGCCGUUCACAUGCUUGGGGCUGAAAAUCGAGGGAACGUAACUUGCUAUCUCGACGCCUUGCUCUUUGCCAUGUUUGCGAAGCUUGAGUCUUUCGAAUGCAUGCUCAAAAAUGAAACCAUGGAAGAACCACAGAGGAAACUAGCCGUACUGCUACGACUUUGGGUAAACAUGUUGAGAAGCGGGAAGUUAAUCGAAACAGACAUGACGGAACAUAUUCAAGAUGCGUUAGCAGCAUGUGGUUGGAGAGAAGCGCAAUUGUUAGAGCAGCAGGACACGUCUGAAGCCUUUGCAUUUAUAACAGAGACCCUUCAGCUGCCUCUCCUUACUUUGCAGGUCGACUUAUUUCAUCAGGGCAAGAAUGACGAUGCGGAUCACAAAGUCGUAUACGAAAGGCUCUUGAAUCUUGCCGUGCCGCCAGAUAAUGAUGGUAAAGGCAUUAAGUUAGAGGAUUGUCUAGAAGAAUACUUCAACUCGCAGGUUGAUGUUCUCAGAGAUAGCCUUGACGAGAAGAAGGCAGCGGAAAGAUCCAACACGAUAUCAAAAUCUCUAUCUCCUACUACUUCGACCGAACUAAAAGAUACUAUCCGAAUUGUCACUGAGGAAGACCAAAAAGACGAAGCUGAGACCGGUCCUUAUCUAGAGCGAAGAUGGACAGUCUCUCCAGACUCCCACUCCCUUAACCGUCAAGCUGACGAAGAUACGGAAGCUUCAGGAUCUCAGCCAAUUUUACACCCGCAUCGGAGCCGAACAGAAAGUAUCAUUCAACGAGUCGUGCUCGACGAGCAAGGAAAGCCGACCGAAUCAGAUGCAGCAAGCUUAUUCCAGAGAGCUAAGAGAACUGCCUCUGUUGUUAGAGCUGUGACAAUACCUGCUUGGCAGUUCUUUAGAUUAAUACCGUGGCACUCACCGGCGAAUAAGGAGCCAGAAAGCGAUUUAGAGGUUGCUCGACAUUUUAACCAAAAGCCGGUUGUUGGUAUCUGUCUAAAGAGAUACAUGAUAGAUGAAAGGGGAAACAUGAAGCGACAGAAUACGUACAUCGAUAUCCCUGAUAGCUUGCGACUGCCUCAUUUCAUCGUCGACGAGAGACAGGUGGAAGAAAGUGGUCUUGCUGCCGACUACAAGCUUGUGCUCCAAUCUGUAGUAUGCCACCGAGGGGAUUCGCUACAUUCCGGGCAUUAUGUUUCAUUUUGUCGAGUCGCCCCUAAGCUUCUCACUGAUAACCGCAGACAUGAUAGCGACCCCCCUCCGGAUUACGAAGAGGCACAAUGGGUCAAAUUUGACGAUCUUGCGACUGAGCGAGUCACUCUUGUUGAUGAUAUCAAGCAAUCGCUUAAGGAAGAGAUGCCCUACUUAUUGUUCUAUCAGAUUGUUCCGAUAGUAGAGGUAGCGACCAGCUCAACAGAAGGCACGGACGUAGAACCACCAUCCUACGACGAUGCUGCGCUUAAUCUAACAAACUCCGAGACAUCAGCAGCGCAAAGCCAGGACAAGCUCACAGUCUCUCGCAGACCCAGCAGUUACUUUGAUAACUUAGUUGUACAACCAUCAACUAAUAGCAGCAGCAUACGCUUUUCAUCUGAAUUAGAGCGACCACGCCGCAGCUUUGCAGAUGAGGAUGGGUUCCUCAGCGUAUCCCGCCGAGGGAGUAUCUACAAUGAUUCAACUGUCCCAAGCCCGGCUGCAGUAUCGGAGGCGCCUUCGCCGGCUGUCACACCCGGAGAAGAGACCACGGCGCAGAGACUUAGUCGGGCUGCUGCAAGAUUCAGAGGCGGUAAUAAGAGUAGACCUCAAAGCCAGGCUGGCGAUGGUCGAAAGAGUUUGACAGCGACGAGGUUCGGGGGCUUCAUGAAAUCGAGCAAAGAACCACUGCGAGAUUCGAUAUCUACGGAAGCUGAAGACGACUACGAAUUUGUCGAGAAUGUUAGUAGAGACCCUGCAAAAGAGAAUGGGUCAGAUGCAACGCCUACGCAGAAAAGAGGGAAAUCGAAACAACGAGCGGAUAAAGGGAAAGGGAAAGAUAGCAAGAAAAUGAAUUUACCGGAUAGGGAAUGCAUUGUGCAGUAAUGAUAUUAUUUACGCAGUUGGGUUGGUCUGAUUGAUUUGAGAAACAAGAUACCCGGCAGGCGUUGGCAAUACAGAAGAUAUGCCGCGAGGAACAUAAAAACGGCACGGCUGGUUUGUAAGCAUACGUCGGUAACGAGUUGAUUUUUGGUCUGAAAACUAUGGAUUGCAUGGGCAUGGAGUGCUAGAGGACAAGUAGCCACUGGACAGCAUUCAAAAGGCGUUUUGAGAUUUGAUGAAGUCGUAGGAGACGCGGUUUUUGUACUGUGUAAUGAAGCUCAUUAGUGAUACGAAUUGGUCGUCUUGACGAACAAUAAUUUAAUGACUGGAAAGGCAUGUUCAUCCCUACUUGUGCUUUAGGUGCUGGAUGAUAGUUGUAACAUCCGUCAAUAUGAACGAAUCACUUCG